AUGGGUCCAGACCUUUAUCCAGGUUACUCGUGUCGAGACUUAACUAUGAGCAGAGAGAUCCCGGUAACAGUUCACCCCGAGUUCAAGCAGGGAAAACCCCGCAUUUUCUCUCGAUCCUCGAGUUUGCCCAGUAGACCGAAACUGAAAUUGGUCGUGGAAACUGUUUCAAACCCGUGCGAGGCUUCUAAAGAAAGAUCUUCAAAGACAGCACACGAAAACACACAAAACACCGAUGAUUCGUCGAAACAAAGGAAAAAUGGAAACAUCAAAAAUCAGCAAUACAAAUUGUGGAAAUAUAGUUUGCCUGAACAUUUUCAGCGAGUUCAAAAAUCGAGUGAAGAUGAGCCUUGUGAACAACAAAAUCACACCGAACGAAAAGAACAAAGAAGACAUUUUUUCAGAGAAAAUCCAUUUGUUGGAGAUUUGCAGAAGGUGUUUGAAGAUCAUUACUUGUCCGGAUCAAGUCUUCCUGUAAGACUGGGAAGAAGAAAUACGUAUAGUGCCAGAAGUUUACGAGAAACUUCGCCCUCCGCGCCAGAGAUUAGUAAAAUCUCUCUACCCAAGACGUCUUUCAGUAUUCCCAUUCAGGUUGAAGUCGAUGAGAAAGUAAAAGUUGGGGGUGAAAACGGAGAGGAGAUUCUAAAAGAAAAUAAAGUGAUCGAGGCAGAUGGCAAAAUAGAAGAUGCCCGCGGCUCAGAAAGCGUUCAAGUUGAAGAAAAAACUACCAAGGAAGCAGAGGUCGAUAUGAAGAAGGAUAAUUACACUGUACUCGACAUUGACAACGCUUGCGCCGUUAAUUUUGACAAAAAGGACUACUUCGAUAUGGCUACGAGCCAAGAAGCUUUGGGAAAAUCUUAUUUCAACGGCGGUGGAGAUGUUAGGGAGGAAAUCACCAAGACCAAUACUGAACAAUUUAAGGAAUACAUUAAAGAAUACACAGACAAAGGCGAUGAGUCUCAAAGUGAAGACUCAUUACCACUGGAAUUUUCAGUUGAAAAUGAAAGCAAAAAUAAACUUUUAAUAAUUCAAAGUAUUCUCAAGAAAGCAGAAAAGCUUGAAAAGGAAGUACUUGCUUUUGAUGAAAGUAGCAAGAGUAAGGCGUACCUAGCUAUUGAAGAAAAACUUACGCGUCUUUUGAUCGAAUUGGAUGGCAUUGAAGCAAAUCGAGACGAAAACAUCCGCUUGACAAGAAAAAGGGCUGUGCAACAAUUGCAGAGAGCACUAACACAACUGGAAGAAAACAUUUCGUGCAGAGGCGUUCAAAACAACGAAGACAAAGAUUGGUCUCUAGGCAUGAACAGAUGUGAAAGUAUCUAGAUUUAAUUUCAGCUCCCCUGGCUAUUUCCGUCUAUAAACAGCUUUUCAUGAAAAAAUGUGUAUUCUACUGAAAACAUAGUAGACAUAUAUUGGACAAGCAUUUACCUAUUACAUAUCUCGAAAACAAUUAAUUUAGACUCUGUACUAUGAUUGAUUAGAAAAUAAUUUAAAAUUUUUCCGAACGCUUUUGUUCCAGAAAUGUCUAUCCAAAUCUCUUGAAAUAUUUUGAAAACUUCCUAGCAACACCUGACAAAAAAAAACGAUGUUUGUGACAACUACCGACAAAAAUUACAAAAGACUCCAUGUGGUCUCUUAAUUUUUUUUUUUUAACAUUCUUAGCUACUUGCCCAGAAGGUUCAAAAGUCUUAGACAAAAUAGAUCCGUUUUGCAUGUUUUUCAUCUCUUUUCUGUCAGAAGGAGGAAGGAUGUUUACUGUUCGAUAUUUUGUGAUGGACGUCUAAUUAAACUCGCUGUCUCCUUUUCAA